GAACAACCGAUAACGAUCGUUUACGUUCUAAAUUAAAAGAAAAAAAGAGCAAAUUCAGAGUCUGUCCUCAUUCCACGCGAGAUUUCACGCGACAAAAUGUAAGAUAAACGAAAAAUAUACGGCAAAAGUUAUGGGAAAAGGGAGGGAGAAGUAAGUUUUGUCGGAAGAGACUCGAGAAAGCGUCAGAACGAUUCGUUGGCCCAGAUGAUGAUUUCGGUUGCCGAGAAAGUUGCCGCGGCUAACAGGAGAUUUAGUUUUUCGGGACUUCUCGUCACGUGACAAAUCAAACGGUAGAAUUUUUGUGAGAUACAAUCGUUUCCUCUGUUCGAACGAGAAAAGAGGGAGCCCGGUUGAAAGAAUACGGAUCAGUAGAUGUUGAAGAAGUCGAAGAUUAAACACAAGGGAUCGAAGUUGGUUAAAUAAGAAUCAUGAUAACACUAACGACGGAAAAGGAAAAGAAAAUUAAUGAAAGCCUUGCAUGCGUUUGCCAACGAUAACGAAACACGCGUUGAUAAGACGGACAAAGAGGAUAAGAACGAAGAGUACCAUAGUCCUCUUUAAUCUUAACAAAAUGUUCAACAAUAACAGUGUUAAUGCCUAACGAAAUUCAAUGACGUAAGUGCGAUUCGUCGUUGUUAUUUUCAAGCGAAAAGUUUAAGAACUUGCAAGAAGAAACGACGAAAUUGAAGAGGAAUAAUACCUAUUGAAAACUUCCAUUAAACAUAAUCAACUAAAUAUUGUUAAUUAAUCGAUCAUGGAGCUCUUAUUAUGCGCUUUACCAUUAGUGUACACGAAAAUCAUGGUUCAUCGUUGGGACACGGUGAUACUGAUCGUUCAAAAGAUCCUCAAGUUCCUGUUGUUUUUGCUAUACUGUCUGGUUACACCGUUUCUGAUGUUGCAAUGUCUCAAGAAACGGAAACGAUUACCACCGAUCAACAGUCACGUUCUAUUGCUCUCAGCCACGGAGAUUGCGAGAAGGAUUCGCAAUAGAAAGAUUAGCAGCGAAGAAGUGGUCAGAGCUUACGUAAAGAGAUGCAAAGACGUGAAUCCGAUUCUAAACGCGAUCGUGGUUUCGCGAUUCGAUGCAGCGAUACAAGAAGCAAGAAAAGUCGAUGAAUUUUUAUUGUCGAGCAGAAAAAGUGAAGAGGAACUGGCUCGAGAAAUGCCACUUCUCGGUGUUCCCAUGACCGUCAAAGAGAGCAUCGCGGUGCAAGGGAUGUCAUACUCGGUUGGAGUGAAAAAGAAGAUACCAGACAAAGCGAGCCAGGAUGCGACUGUGGUGAAAAUGGUACGCGAAGCAGGUGCCAUUAUUCUUCUCGUUAGCAAUACACCUGAACUGUGCCUUUUCUGGGAGAGCAACAACAAAGUGACCGGUCCGACUUGGAACCCUUACGAUACUACUAAAGUAGCUGGUGGUUCUUCCGGUGGUGAGGCUGCACUUUUAGGCUCUGGUGCAUCCAUUCUGAGCCUUUCGUCGGACAUCGCAGGCUCGGCAAGACUUCCGGCUAUGUUUUGCGGAAUUUUUGGGCACAAACCUACAGCUUGCUUGGUCUCUUGCAAGGGUCAUAAGCCAGAUUCGAACGACAGAAACUGGCCUUAUUACUUUACCAUCGGAACGAUGGUUAGAUACGCGGAGGAUCUUUCUCUUAUGAUGAAAAUCAUAUCUCAAUCGGAAGAAGCACGAAACCGUUUUGAUCAGAAGGUAUCGCUAAAAGACAUGAAGUUCUUUUAUUUGGAAGACUGCUGUGGAAUAACGAAUUCUAUAGACAAAGAAAUGAAAGGAGCGAUUCAGAGUCUAAGGAAGCAUCUUGAGAUGUCGUGCGGGAUUACAGUGCAGAAGGCACAGUUGAACGAUAUGAAAUUCGCGUUCGAUAUAGCAACGCACCUGUUACUGGAAAUGGAGGUGGACGGGAUAACGGAGGAAGUCAAAGCUGUGGGUACGAGCAAGAUUCUACUCGAAUUAUUGAAAUGCUUUUUCUUUGCAUCAUCCCACUCGUUACCACUGAUCACUUAUGGAUUGUUAAAGUGGGUGAGUAGUAAAUUCCCAAAUAGUUAUCGCAGUAAAAUGGUCGAUAAGAAGAUGGCACUGAAGAAACAAUUUGAGGAUCUCCUAGGUGACAAUGGGGUUUUGAUUUAUCCUACAUACGUCACCCCAGCUCACUAUCAUCAUCAAUCAUACCCUAAGGUCGCUAAUUUCACUUACAUGAUGAUUUAUAAUGUAUUGGGACUACCAGUGACUCAGUGUCCAAUGGGAUUAAACAGUAAAGGUUUACCUAUUGGUCUUCAAAUUGUCGCCAAUGCAGGUAACGACCACUUAACGAUUGCCGUGGCUCAAAGAAUUGAGAAAGCCUUUGGCGGAUGGCAAGAACCACCCACUACCGAAGUAUCAAUUUAACCCUUCCUUAAUCAUAAAACAAGACUUCCAGUAACAUUUUCACGUGACCUGACAAUAUUUCGUAUCAUUCGCAACAUACCGAACCCAGUCAUGAACAUUUUUAUAUAGUACCUAUCAUGUACUCAUUUUCAUUUCUUUUAGUAACGACUUGUUGUUUUUCUUUUUAAUUAUAUGUAUAUCUUGAUUUUCUAUUUAUUAUAGCACAUAGACAUUUCGUUCUAUAAUAUAUUAUAGUCUUGUACUUAAUGUAUUGUCGAUCUUAAGUGACGCACGUGGUGUGCCAUUAGUUGGUUAGCGUAAGACGAAUGGGGUGCAUCAUCGGUUCAUUAGCGUAGUAUGCACCAGGUGCAUCGCGAGAAAAAACUGAUCUUUUGUACUCGUUACAAGAAGUAUGGUAAGUACUUGUUUUUUUUACUGUAAAGUGCUCUAUGAGCAUUCGCAGAACUAUAUAAAAUAAUGAGGAUUAAAUAAUCAUAUUUAGUGUUAGACAAUAUGAAAUAUUGAUACACUUGGAAGUUGAUAAAAUGAUGUAUUAUAAAAAUUCUAAGAGCGCUUCAGAAAGACAAUAGUGUAAAUUAAACUUAAAAUCAACGAAAUUAUUUUGUUAUAAUAUUGUUUGUUUUUUGUACAGAAUAAUGGUAUCGUCCUUUAUAAAAGCGAAUAAAGUUAAUUGUUAAAAUAAAA